UUUAGUUCAGUUUACGUAGAGUGUUUGGAAACGUCGUAGUACAAAUAAUUCCUAAAAGGAACCCGGUAACCAUUAACUGUUAUAGAUAAUUUAAACAAAAUCAUUAUUAAUUUACUCCAGAAACUUCAUUGAUCAGUAUAUGUAUGUGUUUGCUUUUCGAAAACGUAAUAAGAAACAUGUUUUAAAAUAUACAUUAUAAACAUGUAUAUACAUUUAUUCACCAUCUCUGAAGCUUGUUGAGGAUGGAUAGCUUUUCUGCGCAUGUCCUCAAGUCCUUUAUUAUUUCUUAAAAAAAAUGUAAUACAGGUACAAGAGUACAUGAAAUUCAUUCAUGAAAUGCAUACACACAAGACUGUUUAAGAAUAUAAUUUGCUCGUUAGUUCUAUUGUAUUUUCAUUAAAUAUUAAAGAUGUUUUUGUGUAUAUUCAAAAUAAAUAAAUUAAUAAUUAUUAAAUUGAUAAAACUUCGUUGACAGAAAUUUAAUAAGUAAAGCGAGAUGAAACCUCCUUUUUCUGAUUCGUGGAUUUUCUAUAGGCAUCCAUGGCAGUAUUCAAAAUGCAAACGCUCCCUUGCAUCAAAUUUAACGCGCAUAAUUACAUAAUUGGAAGAAAAAAUCCAAAAUGCAGGAAAAAACCUACAUAUCAAUCAAAUGCUAGCCAGAGGGGCGAUUUUCUAUUCAGUGACUACUUUGAGAUUCUAAUAAACCUCUAAAAAUGCAUUACAAUUGCCUAUUGAUCAAGUAUAUACAAAUUGAUGUAUUGGUCAUUUUGGCAACCCUCCGAUAUGGAAAUGCCAACUAUAUUGGCACUUCUCGCAGUCGUGAUAGAACUUUAAAUAAGGAAAAUGCGAUCAAAACAGACGACACUUCGGGUGGCGUUCGAACAGUUGGUGAAGUCUUUGUGCCAAAAACAUUCUCCCUGAACUCACAAGAGCCAACAUGUGAACAAUUGCGCGCUAUGUGGAUAUUUUCUAAGAGGCAAUCCAGAGCGGCAGAGAUCACAAAUGAAAUACCAACGUAUCGUGACCCAUUUACGUAUAAUGUUUGGGAGCCACUUUAUUUAAACUCACGAAUGUUGGGAUCACUUAGGAUGGGCAGUAGGGAAAGAACACGAUCGCCUGUGUUUGGUCGGGUUGUUAGUCGAGAGCCAAGUUUGCCUCAACGGAUGCCAAUAUCUCCCUUGGACCACCAUCAGAGAGAGAGACUGGUGGAAUUUGGGUCGAGUAAUCCUCCUCCAGGGACAAGUCAAACUCGAUUUUAUGGCUCUGAGAUUCGCCCACAAAUUGGAAUUUCUGCAGCCUCCUCAUCAAGAAGAUCGAAUAAAAAUCGUUAUGUUGGCGGAAUGAGAAACGAAAAUGUAGCAAUUGGAACUAAUAAUAAAGAUAAUCAAAAUUCCGUGGCCAUACAAGGAAGUUUUCAAAAGCUUAAAGAGUUAAUAUGGACAGAACGGGCUAAGGAAUUAACACAGCAACGUAAGGAUGAGGAAAUGGCAGCACGUGCUGCUGCUCUGAAAGAAAUAGCCAAUGGAAAAAACAUAUUUGUCAACAACAAUCCUCCAUAUUCAGACAGCACGUCCUCCGAAUCAAUUAUGAUGGAUCAAAACCGCAGCCCCGUCGGUGACAGCUAUCAAUUUAGCAACAAAAACGCUAAUCGCAUGUCAAUAUCAAAUGAUCAAAAUUGGCAAAUCGAUAAAAUGAAUAAUAAAAAUAAUCACAGAACUGGGAACCGAGCAACCACGCGCCGCAUCGGAGCUUUAUCAUUACCAUCUUACAAUGCCAAGGAAUACCAAAGUAAAAAAGAAAAUGCUAAGAGUAUAUUUUCGGGAAGAUAUGGCAAUAAUGGUCAGUUAAAUCGAGGAGAAGACAGUGCCGCUCGGAUUUCAAGCGAUUUAAUGGCCGAAAGAGAUCAUAGUACCAUCGGUAUACCAAGGACUUAUCCAAUUCGAAAAUCACAUUUUCGAGAGCGAAAUCGAUCACUUUUAAAAGAGCCGGAAAAUAAUUACUUUCGACGUUUUCUACGAGGGCUAACGACAUCACCAUUAAACUCGGAAAGAAAUAAAGGAACAUAUAAUCACAAUAAUUAUUUAGGUCGACAGCUAUAUUCUUUCAAUGAAUAUAACUAUAUACCUCAAUCGCCAAUUGAUGAAAAUACUGUUAAAUCUGUAGAAAACGAUGAUAAUGUUAAGCUGGCGACGAUAAUUCCAGAAACUGAUCAUCUGGAGGUUGAAUUCUCAGAUUUCGGUACCUAUUAAUUACGCUUUAGUAUCUGUUAAGGCCCAAUUAUUAGUUGUUAACCAAAAUAAGGUGUCUCUUAAAUUUUAUUAACCAACGUAAAAGACAAUUUCUUGAUUUUCAGCUAAUAAUUGCAUUGUAAAUACAUAUUUUUAUGUUAAUCAUCACAUUUAAAUGCAAGAUAAUUGUUUAGAAACCAAAAGUAAAAGAAAAGCCAUGAAAGUUGUUUAAUUCCUACACAUUUAGCAACAAACUUAAAUUUCUUUAACAAAAAUUUUAAAGUGGUAUCAAAAGCUACAAUGCAAAUUUAAUGAUCGAUUGAACUUUUGAUUAAUUAUAAACUAUAUUUUUCCGAACGAGAUACCAUAUUUAUAUACAUAUACAUAAUUUUACGAUUUGGAUUCCAAACUUAAAACCACAAAAUGCUUCCUACCAACAACAAUCAGUUUCCAAAUUAGAUAUCACUUUAUAAUAAAUUGCCGAACAUCAAAAUACACUUUAAAAAAAAGCCUAUAAAAUACAAAUUUAUUAUGACUUAAGCCGCAAAGUACCUACAUAUACUUACUAAUUAUAAAAUAGAAAACAAAAGUUUUACUAAUCAUCUGAAAAGUAUAGACAUAUCACGACGAUCCGCAAUCAUGACUGUUCUUCAGACUUCAGGAAGAGUCCAACAAAAAUUCCAAAUCAAAAGGCCAAAAAUGGGGCAUGCUUUUAAAAGAUCUUCUUGAGCUUGAACCCAGAAACGCAUCUAAGGCAUAACCUUAGAUAUAAUAUAUAUCUAUCGAUUCUUCGUGAACGGCAAAAGUUAUUAAAAAAGCAAAGCCAAUACUACAACAAAUUUAUUUAAAAUCUCCAGAAUACAACUAUAACAUGUACAUAAAUGCAUUUGUGCCUGCUCCGAAAAAAAUUAGCUGUUUAAAACAAUUACAAUUUUGGAUAUCCAAAACAUAUUAAAAAAUAUAGUGAAAGGAAUCCAGAAAAUGUACACCAACAAUCGCAAAAAAUUAAUAAAAUAGAAGAUCCCAUAUCAAAUUAAUAAACAUGUUCUUUGGUCUGCUGAUAGUCUGAGUAUUCCCUUGACGACUGAAUGACUGAAUUACUGAAUUACUCAACCUCGGAGUCGCUAAAUGAAUGAAAAUAUAUAAUAAGCUGUUUUCAGUUGCCGAUAUUUUCAGUCAUUUUGUCGUCAAGGGAAUAUACAGAGUAAUUUGAUCUGAAAAUAUGAAUGUAUCAAAACGGAGAAUUGUUAAAACUCUUUUAACAGCCUAAAUAUAAAAAAUAUUAUGAUGUAUAUGUAUUCUGCAUGUCGUGGAUCACUAAAUACUGUGAAUACAUCUGGGAUUUUUUUUACUUAUUUACUUAUUUUUAUACCUAUACCUUUAUAUUAUUUAUUUACAAAGAAUCAAUUUUUUCACACCAAGCAUAAACAUAUCAAAUUUGUUUUGCCCGCGUAUUUAAAUUGUCUUCCUUCUGAAUCACUAUUAAUCUUUACGUGAAGAAUUGCAGAAAUAUAUGCAUUUAUAAGCUAAACGUCAUUUAUCCCUAUGGCUAUUAAAAACUGCUUGCCUUCAUAGUCCCAAAAAUUACUAUAAUAUUUAAUAUUACUCAAAAAGAGAAUAAAUACAUAUUUUUAUCAGAGAGAUGGAUCACGGAAGUGAUAAUAUAUUACUAUUAUAUUCAUUAGAAUCAUCAUCAGUAUUUACAUGUACGAUCCAUAUUACAUUGACAAUAAAACCUAUUUUGUAAGUUCCGCGACAAUAAUAGAGCCAAUUUUAUAUAGUAGGAAUAUUAUAUACGAAUAGGAAGUAUUUUACAAAAGAAUCAUAAAUGUAUGUAUUAUACCCAUUAUGUUAAUUAUAACCGUGAUUAACCAAAACACUAAAGUUGUCUACGCAUGGUUGGUGUUUUAAGAAAUCAAAAAUCGAAUAUCACUUAUAUGUAAUAAUUAAAUUAAGCAAAUAAACAAAAGUUGAUUGUAAAAUACGCUGUAAAUUUCAAAUUGUAAAACGAAAAUAAAAUGAUCUAUAUAAAAGUGAUUUUAGAAUGUA